AUGACAUUGUCAUCGUGUCGCACACAAGACGUGAACAACGACCAAGCACCGAACAACGUCAUUGUCGUCAAGCGGGUGAGGCUGACCCUCAAGGCCUACGACCUCGCGAAGCCCCCCCCCCCGAACUUUGACCCCCUCGAAGGCACCGAGGUAUGUGGUUUCGGUCGAAUCGUGGGGCAACCGUCCACGGUUCUCAAGUGCAUCUCGAAGAGCAUCCUGUCCGGCAUCCAGGAAGGCCUCUGGACGAUGCAAGAAACCCUCGACCUUCUCGGAUCGCCACGUUGUGUUCACCUUAGCGGCAUCUCUCUUCUCACGCCCGACGCUGGCGUGACGGGUGUAGCGCAUCCGCAAGUGGUCUUCAAGUUGUCUUGUCGCCAUACCCCACGGCGAACCUUGGUGUGCAAGAAGGAGCCGCUUAGAAUGACAGACGAUUGCCCAGCACAGGCCAAGGGACUGCUUGCAUGGGUGUGGACAGGACCCAUCGAUCUCAUUGGUAAAGGCUCAGCCAAUUGCUUGUCGGAAGUGUUGAGCAUUAGCGCGCCAGCUUCCAGCCAGCGGCCAGGGCUUCAGCGACGAGAAGCAGAGUUCCAGGCGACGCGUACUCGUGGCCUGAAUGAAUCCUAUUAUACCGAAGACACAGAUCGCACCCGCCCGCCCGCCGCUCCCAGCAUGGGAGUAAGGCAGCAGAGAUCGAGGACGUACGGCACAACAGUUGUUAAGCGAUGGCUGGAUGUGAGACCUUUGGUGGGCCCUCAAAGUCCGCCCCUGGAUGCACUUUCAUACCGCGAAAAUUUGCCAGUCACGGACAAACGAUCGAUCAUUGUCACCUAUAUACAAGCCAUGCCUCAUCGACUCGCAAACUACUAA